CAACAGCACCGAGCCCUGCCCGCCAUACAGUCACCGGAGCACACAGAAGCGUACAUUCUGCGGGCGGACAAUUCACCGCCGCCGCCCUCACAUUACGGGUCAACUACCAGCCCAUUGCGCAUGCGGCAGAAGCCGUGACGUAAUCCAUGCCAUGCCAGCGCUGGGCGUGGUGGGUAAUGCGUCUCGUGUGAUAGCGUUGGGCGUGGCCUCGCGGCUCCCACACGGCCCCGACCUUCUGCGUAGCCCCGCCCCCUCCUCAUUCGGCGGGCCCGCGGAUGACGUCUCCUGGUUGGAGGUGUUGGGCUUCCUGGGCAAACUGCUGGGAGCAGUCGCCGCGCUGAAAGCAGCAGAGUACCUGCUCCGUGCGCUGUGUGCAGUCAUGGCCUGGAAGUCAGGGGGAGCCAGCCACUCCGAGCUGGUCGGCAACCUGCGCAAAAAUGGUAUAAUAAAAUCAGACAAAGUAUACGAAGUAAUGUUGGCUACUGACCGCAAACAUUAUGCAAAAUGCAAUGCUUACAUGGACUCUCCUCAGUCAAUAGGUUAUCAAGCAACAAUUAGUGCUCCUCACAUGCAUGCAUAUGCAUUAGAACUCCUCCACGAUCAGUUACAUGAAGGUGCCAAAGCUCUGGAUGUAGGUUCUGGAAGUGGAAUUCUUACCGCAUGUUUUUCAAGAAUGGUUGGCCCCAAGGGCAAAGUUAUAGGAAUUGAUCAUAUUAAGGAGUUAGUAGAUGAUUCAAUAAACAAUGUGAAAAAAGACGAUCCGUCAUUAUUGUCUUCUGGUCGAGUGAGUCUCUUGGUUGGAGACGGACGCAUGGGUUAUCCUGAAGAAGCACCAUAUGAUGCUAUUCAUGUCGGAGCUGCAGCGCCGGUUGUGCCACAAGCUCUUAUAGAUGAGCUUAAACCUGGAGGAAGACUAAUCUUACCUGUCGGUCCUGCUGGAGGAAACCAAAUGUUGGAGCAAUAUGAUAAGUUAGAAGACGGAAGUGUCAAAAUGAAACCUCUGAUGGGGGUGAUCUAUGUGCCUUUAACAGACAAAGAAAAGCAAUGGUCAAGGUGGAAGUGAUUUUCUGUCCCACUCUUUCUCCUUCCAGUUACACACAAGGUGAAAGGGAUGAAUUGUAAUGGCUCCAUCACUCCUAUCCAAACAUAGUAUUAUGGCGUGGUGCUCACCUACACCUCCAAAAGCUUUUUCUUCAGACUCAUCAGCAAUGCAGCUUUGUUGGAUUUUUUUUUUUUUUUUUUUUUUACCCUGCUGAACGGGCAUGGAAGUGUUUUUUUUUUUUUUUUUUGGCUUUUAAAUGCAAAUGUUAAACUGUGCAAAUCUCAUUCGAAAACUCUCAUUUAAGAUUUAUUUUUUAUGCAUUUGAAAAUGCCGGAGUGUUUGACUGAUAGUCCACAUACUCACCAUUGUGAACUAUUUAAAAAAAAUGCACAUAUUUUGUUUUAAUUUCUGGAUACAUUUAAAGUUAUAACGUCAGCAUCACUGUAAAAUGUUCUGAUCAUCACCAAAAGACACUACAAUGCAUAACGUCAAGUUUUUGCUGAAUGCUGCUAAACACAUAGAGCUUCCCUCUCAGAGCUUUUUGGCGUGGUGUCGUAGAAUAGCAUGUGGAUGCAGUCAGCAGCUUUAUCUUAACACCAGGUAAUAUUUAUGUCCUUUAUUGUCUCUGUGCUGCCAGGUCAUGACACCCAUAUUCCUGGACACUUCAGUGCACCAGAGUAAGCUGUAGACUACUUGAAUGAUGCUGGUCAGGCCCAACAUGUACAAAAUAAUUUUCAUUGUUUUUGAGAAAAGUGAUUUUUGGCAGCCUCUGCUACAUCCAAGCUUUUUCUGUUGAUGCAGUUUAUAGUUCAUUGCUGUGUACAACACGUGCUGUGUAAGCCACGUUCUCGAACAGUUUAUGCAGUUACGCUUUGCCAAAUAAAGUACAAAACCCAAGAAUGCGCA